GUGUCAUCGCAGUCAUAGAAGCAGUGAGAAAGUCUCCACCGUAAAAAAACUUGCAUGGUUUUCCAAUUCUUGAUUGUUAAUCAGAAUUAUAAUUAUAGAUGUUAGUUUUGGACAUUAACUUUUACACUAUUUUAAAUACUACAGUCAUUUUCGUGAGUAAUAAUGGCAUAUCUGUGAACAUACGGGAAUGGAAUUUGAAGUCCUACAAAUGUAAACAUGGCGACUGCUAAUGCUAAUUGGUGUUUAUAUUUUAUAUCUGUGAAAGUUAUAGGCGUGGAAUAGAGUUUGUUACAAAAUGCAAGUGUUAGUCUCAGCCUGGGCGCUGGGCAAGCAAUGAACCUAUUUCGAGCCCUUAUCCCUUGUGCGUUGCAAAGAAGUUGCUGGACAGGAGAUGAACGUAUGACUGGAAGAAUGGGAGCUUCUGCCUCCAAUCCAACUGGAGAGCCACCGAGCAGAGUCGGUUCUACAACUCAAGCAGCACGUUUGUCAGCUGGUUUUCAUACUGGUAUUGCUCCAUCAGGCACAAGUGAUCAACUAUCUGUGGUUGUGAGAGAGAGAAAAAAGAAAGUGACUGGAUUUGCAACACUGCGCAAGAAGUUCAUCCGCCGCCGCCGAUCAUCUAAAGCUUGUGAUCAUGGACGAGUGCUGCGUGAGCUGGUGGCUGAGUGGGGUUCCUUGGAGGUGGGAGCUCUGUUGGAAGAGUAUGAGGCUCUAGCUGCCUUGAAGGACUUGUCGGUGCAGGCUGAACUUGCCAGGCCUCCUGCCGCCACAUACAAGCAAGAUCUGUCCACUCUGUACGACUUCAAAUACUGCACAGAUGCAGAUCUGGUGUUCCGUCAGGUGUGCUUCCCUGUACACCGCGCCUUGCUCUCUGCACGUUGCCCCUAUUUCAGAGACCUGCUGGCUGGGUAUCCUGGCUAUGGGGCUCGAAUUUGCUUGGAACUCCGUACUCCAGGCGUGGAUGUUCAGAUGUUCUCAGCUCUUCUUCGGUACCUGUACACUGGUGACAUAUGCACUCAUGAUGGGACCUUAGACCUGAGUGUGCUUUGUCGGCUGGGGGAAGAGUUUGGCACACCCAAUCCUCUAGAGCAUGAUCUUUGUUACCUGCUGGAGACAGGUGACUAUGCUGAUGCUGCCCUGGUGUUCACAUCAGAUGGAGCUGUGGGAAAUGGUGGGAGUGGUAUUGGUGGGAGUGGGGACUAUCAGCGACCUGAUUCUGGCAGCUCAGAGUAUGGGUUCCGACCAAAGUUAGAACUGCCGUGCCACAAAGCUAUACUAAGUGCUAGGUCACCGUUCUUCCGUAACUUGAUCCAGCGACGUACAAGAUCAGGUGAGGAACACACAGAGCGAGCUCUACACAUUCCGACCCGCAUAGUUCUGGACGAAUCUGUAAUCCCCAAACGUUACGCCAGAGUGCUCCUCCAUGCUGUGUACUUGGAUACAGUGGAUCUCUCGUUGAUACUUCGUGGGAAUGGCUGUGGAAGCAGUGCAGGCAGCCUUGGUGAGGUGCAGGCACUGACACACACUGGACGUACACGACCAAGCCCCCUGGAGGAGGCCAUGGAGCUGUACCAGAUAGGCAGGUUCCUGGAGUUGGACAUCUUGGCACAGGGUUGUGAGGACCUCAUUCUGGAGUGGCUGUCACUUGAAUCUCUGCCCAGUGUACUGCGUUGGGGUAGUCAGCCCCAUGGGUCAGCUUGGGUACAUCGCCAGGCUCUUCAUUUUCUUCGUGAGGAGUUCCAGGCAGUGGCACAGUCCCCAGUUUUGCACCAACUUGACAAGGCUCACCUUGUUGAUGCUUUGAGCAGCCAUUUCCUUCAGGCUAGUGAGUUGGAGGUGUUGCAGGCCGUUCUAAAAUGGGGAGAACACGAGUUGAUCCGGCGGAUGGAAGACCGAGAACCCAACCUCCUGAGUCACACAGCUCACUCUGUGACACGGAAAGGUAUCAAGAAACGAGACCUGAGUGAUGUUGAGCUGCGUGAGAUUCUAUCAGAUUUGCUGCCUCUUGUGAGGAUGGACCAUGUCCUACCACCAAGCAGUGAUGUACUAAAUCAGGCCAUUCGACGAGGACUGGUAAGCACCCCACCUAGCCAUAUGAUAGGCGAUGACCAGGAAAACCUACGUGCCAAUGCAUGGAUCCGUGGGGGUAAGAACAACGGACUAUUUGUGCGGCCAAGGCUGUUCAUGCCAUAUUAUGAAGAGAUUAAGGCACAGCUGGAUGAUCAUCUGGUGCAGGAGGUGCAGCUUCUCAGGCUGCGCAGGUUGCCCUACAGCCCUGAUAUCCCAGAUACAUUGUACAUGGUGGAGGACAAGCCCCGUCCUCACGGCACAGCUGGAGUAGAUGUUCUAGCAGCAGCAAUACCAGUUCCAGAUUCAGCCACAAUGUCAGCAAUGUUGAAACGUGAGCAGAAACUUCGCCAAGCGCCAAGUUGUCAGAGGGCUGUUUCAUUGCAUUUGUCAUCACGACAUGAAAUCAACCGUCAGAUCAGGCUGCGUGUUGUAAGAGAGUUCAAUCUGCCUGAUGCUGUAGCUGAUCUCUUGGAGAAUGCUGCAUGCUACUGUGCUCAAGAAGAUGAUGAUACAGAAAUGGGCAUGGAUGAGGAUCCAGUACCACCUUCGUCUUCUGGUAAAUCUCCUGGAGCACCCAGUUGUGCUGGAGGUCUUCCACCAUGUUUUGGACGAAAUAUGACAUUCCCACGUGGGCACAGCGCAGCAUAUACUGUGCGGCAUGAGCUGCCUGCUGUUGUUACUGAGGGCGACGCUUAUCGUGGUCACGGAGAGCCCGAGAGCAGCUCUUGUAGUGAUGGCCACCUGUCUGACAUCAUGCCAGAUGUUGCUAUGGCAACAGCAUCAUUUGGCCAGCUACAGCUGCAGGAACAGCAGGAGUUGGAGUUGGACCUUGGAGAUGGAACAAGCCACCUCCACAACCCACUGUCAGCAUCACCCUCACGUCCCGUCCACCCACUGAUGCCUCAUCCACUUCCUCAUGGAGGCUACCACCGAUACCUUGGUCCUGGUCCACCACCUCCAUAUUCACACCAUCGACCUUCCCCCGCACACAUGGGUUCAGGCCCCUACCACACUGGACCACCUAGAUUCAUAUAGUGCAGCGAUGCGCUUCCAGCGCUGCCCGGGUUUCUGAAUCAAGUAACAGACUUUGCAACUUGCUGCCACAGACGACUUCUUGCUUCUUGGGAGAGCUGGGAAGGUUUCAGGUGAUUGAGAUAGUGACCACCGAUUACACAUCUGUGUAGAAAAGUUCGUCAUUCAGGGAACCAUAUUCUGUGCAGACUGAUCUGGGGAACCACGUCUGGUAUAUUCGAAAUCAAGUUCAGUGACGGAUAAUAUUCAUCCUUGAUGGUUGAUACUGACUCCCAGCAUCAUUGUUUGAAGAUGCUUCUGUGGGCAUGCAGGGCAGGUACUCUUAGUGAUCUUGAGUGGUUGGUGUGUAAUUUUGUGUUGGUCAGUGUUGAGGGUCUCUAAGUGCGGGAAUAUAUAUAUAAUUUGUUGUCAUGGAUUACUCUUCCUGGUAAUGGGUAACAGUAGACUGAAUGGAUUGUUCCAUGAUUUGAAAGCUCAGUUCAUUGUGCUAGGUGGAAUAUAAUCUAAUGCAGGAGGCUGUUUUGUAGAAGUAUAUUGUUAAGAAUAUUGUAGAUAAUUGAAGACAAAAAGGUCCAAUUCUGUGGAUUUUUCAUGUCAAACUGCAGUGCAUACUUACUUACCUCUUUUUUUUUUAAUAAUGUUAUGACAAGUAUAAAACUGGGGAGUUAGGUUAAAAUUAGAAUUUGUGCUGAUAUAAUGUACUUGAGAUGCUGGCUUAUGUGUGAUGAAAGUCAAAACUCAUGUUGUUUGUUUUUAUUUCAUGAUCUUCCAGAAGAGACGAGUGAUAGUACAGUAUGAACAUAUGAUAACAUAGAAAAAUGGAAAACUGGAAAGGAAAGUAAGAAUUUUUGUAUUUUUCAGCAUCAGUAUACAUCUAGAUGAAGAGAUUCAGGCUGUGGUCAUAUUUCCAACAAAUUGCUCUGUUAGGAUAAUUUUCUGGGAUGCAGGAGUUGUCCAUUCUGCAUCUGUAUCUUGACAUUUUUUUAUUAAUAUAUCUAUCUGGAAAGUGUAGCAAUGGAAUUACCUCUCCAUAUGCAUCUUGCCUCUGCUGUGUGUCACAUGACAUCUGUAUUUGAUCACACUAUCUUAUUUAUUUAAUUUUAUAUUAAUUUGCAGUUUAUUGAUAAUAUUGUGACAUGUUGACCCCUACCUC